AUGUGUUGUAACUACUAUAGAAGCUCCUGUGGCUAUGGCUGUGGCAAUGGCUGUGGCUAUGGCUCUGGCUAUGGCUCCGGCUAUGGCUCUGGCUAUGGCUCCAGCUAUGGCUCUGUCUAUGGCUGUGGCUGUGGCUCUGGCUGUGGCUAUGGCUCUGGCUAUGGCUCCAGCUAUGGCUCUGUCUAUGGCUGUGGCUGUGGCUCUGGCUGUGGCUAUGGCUCUGGUUAUGGCAGUGGAUAUGGCUCCGGCUAUGGCUGUGGAUAUGGUUCAGGCUAUGGCUGUGGAUAUGGCUCCUACUAUAAGUCUGGAUGCUGUGGCUACCGACCAUCUUGCUACAGAAGAUGCUAUUCUUGCUGCUAG